GUCUUGUUGCCGUGCUUCACGCAGAAGCGCUGAGCGUGCACUGAGUCGCGUGUGGUUUUUGGUUUGGGUUACAGCGCAACUGAAUGCCACAGUGCUGUCGCGCGCUCAGUCGUAUGAGCAUAUCUUGAGAGCUGGAGUUUUAUUCUGCUGCCUUGCGCCUCAUUUUCUGCCUGUUUCUUAUAUGUCUAAUGAGUGUUAAUCCAAGAAACAAUUCCAUAUCGGUUAGUGACAGUUUUGGACCAGGUUACGGAGCAUUUUUCUUAUAUACUCUGGAUGUACAUUGUGACCAACGAUGUUUCAAUGGACCUGAAUGAGGAAGGAUUAUUCUUUUCAUCGUCAAAACAAUAAAUCGCGUGUUUGAACAAACUUACCCACGGAUAAAAAAAGCGCAAUGAUCAUCGCCGCGAUUUACAUCGUUUUACCGCUGUUGGAUGUGCUGUUAUCUGCCGAGGAGUCUUACUUUACUAGUUCAAACCGGCUGGACUGUGUGAAGGCGAACGAGCUGUGUUUGAAGGAGCCGGGAUGCAGCACAAAGUAUCGAACUAUGAGGCAGUGCGUGGCGGGGAGGGAGACCAACUUCAGUAUGGUGACUGGAGUGGAGGCGAAGGAUGAAUGCCGGCUUGCUUUGGACGCUUUAAAGCAGAGCCCUUUGUAUAACUGCCGUUGUAAAAGAGGCAUGAAGAAAGAAAAGAACUGCCUGCGCAUCUACUGGGGGAUCUAUCAGCAUUUACAGGGGAAUGAUUUACUUGAGGAUUCUCCAUAUGAGCCUGUGAACAGCCGGCUUUCUGAUAUUUUUCGACUCGCUCCCAUCUAUUCAGAGGGAGGGACUAAUGGCCCUAACAGUCCCUGGAGCGUUCCCAUCACCGUGGCCCCAGGGAGAGGGUCCCAGGGCAGGUCAAGACCACUUGAGCCUCAAGACCCCAGUAGAAACAGAAGGGCACACCCAAACUGGGCUAUUCUGGGUGAGCCAGCGCUUGCAAAGGAGAACAACUGCUUGAACGCAGCGAAGGCCUGCAACUUAAACGACACCUGUAAGAAAUACCGUUCGGCUUACAUAAGCCCCUGCACGAGCCGAGUCUCAACAGCUGAAGUCUGCAACAAACGGAAGUGCCACAAAGCCCUGAGGCAGUUUUUCGACAAGGUGCCACCCAAGCACAGCUAUGGCAUGCUCUUCUGCUCCUGUCCUAUAGGGGACCAGUUGGCCUGUUCUGAGCGCAGACGGCAGACCAUCGUACCGGCCUGUUCGUAUGAGGACAAAGAGAAACCCAACUGCCUGGCACUGCAAGCGUCCUGCAAGACCAACUACAUCUGCAGGUCUCGUCUGGCUGAUUUCUUCACUAACUGUCAACCCGAGCCCCGCUCUCUCUCUGGCUGUCUGAAGGAGAACUACGCUGACUGCUUGCUGUCGUACUCUGGGCUCAUUGGCACGGUGAUGACCCCAAAUUAUCUGCGUUCAGCCAAGAUCAGCGUCUCUCCGUUCUGUGACUGCAGCAGUAGCGGCAACAGCAAAGAGGAAUGCGACAGAUUCACAGAGUUCUUCACUGACAACGCCUGUCUGCGUAAUGCAAUCCAGGCGUUCGGAAAUGGGACAGAUGUGAGCGUGUGGCAACCGAUGCCCCCAGUACAAACAACCACCUCUAUGACCACACCAUCCCAGAGGAACAGAGAUCGAGACCGAUCACCAAACGCCAUAGAGCCGGCGACACACAUCAACCAUCUCAACCCUGCUGAUAACUCCCUCUACCAGUUCUGCGGUAGCCUCCAGGCUCAGAAGCUGAAGACAAACAACACAAUAGAUGUGUUAUGUGUGGACCCACAGAUCAAUGACCCCAGCUCCUCCAACGCCAUCUCCAGGAAUUCGUCUACUCAGCAGACGCCUCUAUCAGGCCUUAGCUCUCUUCUGCUCCUGCUGGCUACCUCCUUGCACUGCAUCUUCACCGUAGUGAUGUUGUAGCCACCUAAGAACAUAAAACACGGACAGUCACAAUUUGUACAAAGUCAAUCACUGUUCCUGGUCAAUCUGUUGUACUCUCUCUCUCUUAGUCCCUCUCUAUUGCUGUUCUGUUUUUUUAAGAGCUUUUGUUGAUGUUGUUGAUGCAACGACGCAAAGUGGUCUUGGUGUACUCAAGUUUCUGUCUCUUCCCUCCUGAUUUCGCAUCGGAAGAUGAAACGUGAAAGAAAUGCGAGAGAACCUAGGAAUCAUUGCAGCAUUCCCGUGUGAUGUUGUGCCGUCUACGCAAACGCUGGUGUUUUGAGGGCCAGAAGGACUCCUGUCACAGCAGUAGAGAUUAAUCUUAUCUGUGCAUAUGUGCACUUAACAAUCCAAUGUGCACUAUCCAUUGCUCACUGGCACAGGAAAAGUAAGACCAAGACACCAUUAAAAGAUCAUUUUUGAGAUGUGGUCACUGUUUAUUUCUACAAAUUGUCUUCUGUGAUCUUUAUUUUGGUGAACAUUAUUAGAUUCUCACUAAUGUGCUUCUCCGUAGUUUUUCUAUAGCAUCAUUGGCCCAUCUAUAGGUCAAACAUAUCAAAAGACAUUUACAAAACAUCUAGUCAUAGAAAGGGUUUAGAGGGGAGUUUACUGAUCAAGAGUUUCUGGAUGACCAACAGGACAGUAGCUUGUCUCAAAAUACAUGAAGGAGCCUAUCUGACAAUUUUGCUCUUGUUUGUCAUGGUGUGUUUGCGUGUGGCUGCAUGUGUGAAUGCGUAAUGCUGUUUGUAUGCGAGGAUGAGGUCAAGGGUUGACUGGAAGGAUAUGUCAAUAUAAGGUUUCAAAACUCCUGUCACAGUUUACGGAAGAAAACAUGGACUGAGGCCAGACAGCAGCAUUGAUUCUUGUGUAAUCAGAUGAUGUGUCAAGGUUGUAUGUUACAAUUGCAUAUAUAAGUAUCUGUAAAUUGCACAUCACAACUCACCAGGCUAAGCCAACUGGCAUCCGCGUAUCUAUCGAGUGUAUUUUGCCUUUCUGAUGUUGCUUUGACAGGGACUUUCAUACUUCGGCCCAAACGAAACAUGCAAACUAGUCACGUAUGUAUUAUAUACUGUAGCCAGUUUUUUUGUACUGUAUGUCUAUACAAAAGUUACUGAAAGAGUCAUCACAAUUAUUUAAAAUCAGUGAGAAUUCUUAAAAAAAAAAAAAAAAAAAAUACCCAGAGGUCUUAUAUAUGUCAGUAUGAGGCAUGUGCAGUUUAACCACCUCAGCGGUACAUGUUAAAAGAGUCUGUGACAUGCUGCUUUGGUUCAUGUGGCAUUUUGAACAAAAAUGAUGUAUUGUUGUACUCCAUGUUACUUACGGGACAUUUUAGGCGCUGCAUAAAAAACACACACAAACAUAUAUAUACUUCUACAUGAGCUAUGUUUAUAGAGCCUGUUAUAUUUGAAUUGGGAUCUGGUUGUACAAUGUAUUAUCAUAUUGGAUGAAGAUUUUUUGCUUUUCUCAGUAACUAUAUAUGCAGUAUAUAUUUUUGUUUAGAGAUUACAGUACAAAUUGAAGACUUGCAUCUGUAAUUAUUUGCUGUCCUGUCCUAUAUCCCAAAUGAAGGAAAUGUACAACAGCCAUUUAUUUACUAUAACACUAUGGUAUUGUUUUAUGGUAAGCCAAAAAGAAAGGGAAAAAAUCUCUUAUUUUUGUAUCUUUUUGCAUUAUGAGUUUAUUUAUUGUAACACUGUCUAUUCUGCUGAUAAGCAGUACAGGAACAUUAAAAGUACAAAUAUUAAAAAACCAAGCAUGAGUGAUGGAAAUGCAAUAAAGGCUAUUGGAUGCAGUGUGCUAUGGAUUCUACGCAGGCUUUUUGUGGUGGUCUGCUGGAUUUGGCUUUGGUGGCAACAUAAAGUUGCUGUGAAUGUGCUUUAGAUGCGAGCAGGACAGUAAGAAUCCCACAUUGUAAAAACUAUAUUUCUCUACAUUCACAUCUUAUAGCUCCAGAGAAUUUACAAAUGAAACACAAGACUCGUCCACAAUCUGUCACAUUUCUUCUUAGCUUGUGAAAAUGUAAAAAGUAUUCUAUGAAAACGAUUAAAAAUGUUGACUCAUUCA